CCGCACUGUACAAGCGGCCAGAGGCCGCCAGGGCCGGCAAGUGGCCGCCCUUGUAACACCUCAAAAACAGGCCACCUCCAGACGUAACAAAGUGCGCCAAACUGCGAGAACUUUAUAAUAUUAUAUUCAACUGUGGAAUCAACAAAGGCUCAAAGGAACGCGGAAGGUACUUGGCUUGUGAAUGAAUUUUGUAGAGAAUUGAACGCAAUGGAUAAAGACUCGGACUUGGCCAUUGUUUUAACACGGAUCACAAACCGAAUUAGUUCACAAAUGACAGUAGACGGCAGCUUCAGUCAAACGCCACAAUUGCAAAUUUUUAAGCACAAAAAGCUUAUGGUCUACAGCUAUCCCUUAGAAGAGGGAUCAGAUGGAAAACAAUGUGGAGACCCAAAGCAAGUUAUUAAUGUAGCUGGAAAAGACUUUUACACGUGGAGGUCACAUGAAAUGCUCCUCUUCAGACGAGGUCGUGCGCUUAUUUUUAGCGACUUGAAUCAUUCAAACUUCUCAAAAAAAGCCGAAACGAGUUUUAAAUUACUUGACUUUGAAACAAGAACUUACGGAUUGAAGCAAUUAGAAACAAUUUUGAGAAACGUUUCAAGUGCGGUUGACUGCGGCCUGCAAGAGGAAGGCUGCUUUGCUGUUUGCAUCUUGGCUAGGCUGAUUGACAAUAAAGUCGAUGGGCUAACAAUCUGCUCUGAUGGAUUGAGGAUACCAGCAAACGAAUUGAUAAAAAUGCUGAUAGGGGUGAACUGUCGUGAUCUGUCAGGGAAACCAAAACUGUUUUUCUUUUUGGAUUCUGGGGGCCAAGAAGAUGAUCGGCUUGUUGCACAGUCUGCAAGAGAAUGGGAAGUACCAGGAAACAAUCACGCUGAAAUUUUCACAUUUGUCGGAGUGGGAGAGCAUGGGAAAUUUCAAAUUACUAGUUUGCUUGAUGCACUUCAAAAUCCUUUGCUGAAAAAGAAAAACGUUCUGAGUCUGCAAGAGGUUGUUGUCAAUCUCAUUCGCCAAGACUAUGGCGAUUCAGCUUCGACAGAUGGCCCUACCAAAGGCACCGAAGGUCAAAUCCUGCCGCAGGUUUCAAGCACUCUGCACCACUUGCUAGAUUUUCCACCUUGCAAGAAUGCUUAUAUUAGACCCUUAUUUACAAUAGAAGGCGUGCAAGGUCCAGUUUCUUUUGAACAAUUGAGCAAGGAUAUUGCAGAAACAGCCAUAAAGACUGCCCUAUUACCAGAGGAGCGGUGGAGAAAUCGUUCUUGGUUGGUCAGUGCCCCUGCAGGAAUUGGAAAGUCCGCUGCGACAAAUGAAAUGGCCAGGGAAUUGGCGGAAUUGCUUCCCGAUUAUCUGAUAAUCAAAAUUACGCUAAUGCAGAUGUGCAACUUCUUUCUUGAAGUGAAAGAUAAGGUUCCUGAACUGCGCGAGUUUUUGAAAAAAGCUUUGGAGGAAAAUGAAAUUGGACUUGAAAAACUCGAGGAAAAAUAUCUCAAAAAAGAUAUUUUAGUUCUCAUUGAUGGUUUUGAUGAAAUAUGGGCAUAUGAAGAAGUCGUUCUGAAGUUCCUUAGGGAUAUUAAUGCGGAGGAUUUCUGCUUAUGGAUCACUACUCGCCCAUACCAGCAGUCAAAACUCGAUGCAAAUGUGAACAAACUGAACAAGUUAGAAAUAAACCCGAUGAGUCAAGAGCAACAGGUGCACCUAUUAAAAACUUUGCUAUACAAAAAUAUUGAGGAGUGCGAGAAGCUCUUGAAAAUAUUCAAAACAAACAAAGACAAAGGCUCCACUUUUACAGGAACGCCUCUUCAAUUGAAAAUGGUUGCAGAAAUAGCAGACAGAUUAGUGGACACCGAAGGAAGCAUAACUUCAUUAACAUCUCUCUACUACCAGUUUGUUUUCUCCAAAGUAGACUCUGCAAUUUUGAAAUACAACGGAACAGACACGAGCAAACCAAACUAUUUGAAAAUUGUCAGAGAGAGCGUGGAGCUCCUCAUGAAGGCAGCGUGCAACUAUUUUUACAGAGAAAAUUUGCCGUCUCAAGAACUCAAGCUGUUGCGAGGAAAACAAGAUGAUAUAAAUCAACUUGGAAUUGCCACUGUCACUUUUGAUGGCAAAAAGCUGAAGUCCAUCUACUUUGUGCACCAAACUUAUGCCGAGUUUAUGCUAAGUUUAUUUUUCCUAGCAAAAGCUGGACACUUUACCAAGGAGCACGAACGCUACAUUGAAGCAAUUGAGGAAAAUGAUAUAAAUUUGAGUAGCAUUUUCCUGAGAAAUGAGUUUGAACAAGUGCGAUUUUUCAUCGACGGCUUCUUUAUAGGCGCUGACUCGGAACCAAAAAUUCUGAAGACGAAACUUGAUGACUGCUGCGAGAAAGAGGAUUUCAAAAGUAAAUCUUCCGCAUUGAUGGCCUAUGUUUGUAAAGAAGGCUUGGCACGACUCUUCAAUUUACUUUUUGAGUCAGAGUAUAAAAAUACUUUUGGGGACAUCGAAGCACAGAAAGCACUGAUAAACACACCAUUCACUUAUAACUUUCGAAACAAAGAAUACAAGUACUAUCCUUUGUAUGCUGCUUGCUUUACAAGUGAAGAAUUGGCUCUUCAUAUAAUUGAUUUAGGAGCCGACAUAUCGCUUCUUGACCCGGAUAAAUGUUUGAUAGAGGACAAAGGUACAAUUCUCCACCUGGCUGCCAAGAGGGGACUAUCCAAAAUUAUCGAGAAGGUUUUGGAUGUGCUUCCUAGAAUGUCGUUGGAGGUGAACCAGAACCACCAGAUCCCUCUGGAUAUAGCAGCAGAGAAAGGCCACAUUGAAUGUGUCAAAGUUCUGAUCGAGAGAGCCGUACCAGAAAAUCGAAUGAUGCAAAGAAAAAGAAUUUUAGGAAUUGCAGCUGAAAAGGGAUAUUCGGAUAUGGUUUUUUACUUGAUGGGCAAUGAUUUGUCUUUGCAGGUAGAUUUGCAUGGCACUUCCCCACUUUACUCUGCCGCUGAACAUGGGCACGUUGAACUAAUGCAAAAUUUGAUUGCCAUAGCAAUAGAUGUGAAUGUGGAGGACGCCGAAGGAUACACGCCAGUCCACGCUGCGUGUAGAGGAGGAAGCGUCGAGGCUCUAAUUUCACUUUACCACGAGCACGGAGCAGAUUUGAAAAAGAUAUCAAAAAAGAAGAAACACACUCCACUACAUAUUGCAGUCAGCCACAAUAAAAUAGCGUGCGUAGAAUUUUUGCUAAACAAUGAAGUGGAAGUAGAUGCGAAAGAUGCUUGGGGUGAAACGCCUUAUCAUUUUGCAGCUGCCUACGGACAUUUGCAUUUUUUGGAAAUCUUGGAAAAUGCAGGUGCUAAUAUUUAUGCAAAAAGUGUAUUAAUGCACAAAAAAGUGAAUAAUAAGCUAGAAGAACUGGGACGACUUACGGCACUGGAUAGGGCAUCCCUUCACGGCGAGAUCAAAACUUUGAAAUAUUUGCUCACACGAGAUUAUCCUGCUGAAGUGAUAACGCACUCUUUCUGGCUCAGUUUGGUCCACCACAAUGACAAAGAGAAGGUUAUUGACGUCAUGAAUGCAUUUUUUGAAAUAGGGUUCUCUGUCGACGCAGACUUGAAAGACGGAAAAACACCUAUGAUCGUUUUGGCUGAAAAGUCGAAAGAGUUUUCAGCCAAAAACCCUCUAUACCGAGAGCCCUAUUUCCCGGGCGAUAAAAUUGACAUGGAACAACCGUUUUAUGCUCGUCCUCGGGAAAUCACUUUUGCUAACGUUAUAAAUGAGCAAAAUUACUACAUUAAACACAUACAAUUUUUAAUCAGCAAGGGUGCAAACGUGAAUGCGAAAUCCAAAAACGACGGAACAGCUCUGCACAUCGCCGCUGGAGCCGGAGAUUUGGCACUGAUGCUGCUUUUGUUGGAAAGUGGGGCAGAGGUUAAUUCGAAGGACAUUAUUGACCAAAUUCCUCUCCACGAAGCUGCCAGCAACGGACACUUGGACGCUGUUAAAAUUCUGGUUUCCAAAGGAGCAACUGUAAAUGCCCAAUCCAAGAACUUCAGCACUCCUUUAUUACUAGCCGUUAAAGGUGGUCAAUCUGAGGUGGUUCGAAACCUUCUUGAAAGUGGUGCUGACACUUCCCUGACCGAAAUGUUUGAUUACUUUUCACCAAUCGCCGUAGCCGCUAAUUCAGCUCGAGAGGAUUUGGUGGAUAUGAUUUUGACCAAAGUUGCACCUGAUCGAAAACAGCACGAGCUGGAUGCUGCCCUUUAUGGGGCACUAAGAGGUAGAAAAAAGGAAUUUGCAAAAAAAUUAAUUGAUCGUGGUGCUAAUCCGACGUCUGAUAAUAUUUGCUGUGUCCCUUUAAGUGAAGCAGUCGGUGCCGAAAGUGAAGAGAGUGUUCACAUGUUAUUAGAACAAUUUGUAGACGAAGAAAUUAAGAAAAAGGAGGCAAGUGUCGCCCUGCUGACAGCGGUAAAAAACAUGAACUUGCCCUUAAUUAAGUUGCUAGUCGAAAGGGCGCACGCGGACAUAAACGCGACAGACUCAAACGGAACGAGUGCAGUGCUUAUGGCCACGAUUCGCGGCAGCAGUGAAAUAGUUGGCUUUUUUUUACAGUUCGAUCACUUAGAUUUGGUUAAGCCAUCGCAAAAUGGCAAUAUCCCGAGACUCUUUCUCUUUAACAUCAAUGAUAAUGAAGUGAAGGAGAAACUUGACCAGAGAAGCAAGGAGCAAUUACGGAGUAAAAAUGCUUGAAAUUUUAAUGAAUUGAAAUCCAUAAAGUAAAAAAAAUUAAAUUGCUUUUAGAAUUAUACAUCUCGUUUAUUCCUCAAACAUUAUCUGCAUUAUAAAUUUCAACUUUCAAGUGACCUGCCUAACGUAAAGGGGAAGAGUUUAAAAAAUUUCCCUAAAAGAAUGCAAAUAUUAUAAAUAAUUAUACGUCAAUUUAAAUCUCAAAAUCAAAGAUGCACAUUUCAAUGCGCCGUACUAAUAAUUUAAGUAUAUUUUAAAUGAAAUUAUUUUGGCUAAUAUCUUAAAUCAAGCAGGCCUGCAGUCUGAAACAUAAUUCUUUAAAGGCACACUGCUAUACUCCAGGAUAUUGUUUGAUAUUGAUUCAUUAAAGUG